AUGGGUCAAGCACUGUGGAGGCUGCCUCCCAGACAACAGCAGCAGCUUCAGGAAGAGCUCGCAGACCGACUGGCUGACCAGGGAGGAGGAGGAAGACGGGAGCAAGGGAAAGAUGGAGGUCCCCAGAAAAGAGCUCCUCAGCAGUGUUACGGCCCCGACAUCUACCAUCUGUUGAGAACACGCAUCGGUGGAAAAGAACAGCAUGGAUUUAUAGAUUUGGAGAUGCUGCCGCCUGAAUUAGGCAUCACCAUACUGUCGUACCUGAAUGCUACUGAUCUGUGCCUGGCUGGCUGUGUGUGGCAGGACCUAGGAAAUGACGAAUAUCUGUGGCAGGGGCUGUGUAAGUCCACAUGGGGACACUGCUCCAUCUACAACAGAAGACUACCUGCUGGUUUCUCAUAUAGAAGACUCUACCUGCAGCUAGAUGAAGGCAGCCUAACAUUUAACGCCAACCCACAGGAG